CGUCAUUUUUAGUGACACUUUUGAAAAAGCAUCUGAAACGAGGGCGAACAGGUUUGGAGAUGCUUUGUGAUGUAUUAUAGAGUUGUGGGAGAUACAAAAUGUCAGCUGGUCCUACUGUCCUCCUUUCUGAUGGGAAAUGUAAAGAGCGAUGUAAUAGUGAACGAAAUGGCGGAAGCUAUGAUCCUGUGAGGUGGAGUGAAUAUUUUAACAUACGGGAUGAUAUAGAACUCGAAGGGGGUACAUUUAGAAUCUAUCGUCGAGGUGUCGAAGGGCCUCUCCUCUUCUUCUUACAUGGUGGUGGUUUCUCAGCUUUAACAUGGGCGGUCCUAAGUACUCUUAUUACUGAUCAAGUUAAGUGUCAAUGUUUGGCAGUGGAUAUGAGGGGCCACGGUGAUACAAAGUGCCUCAAUGAUGAUGACCUAUCUAUCGACACUCUCUCAAAGGAUAUAAUAAAAAUAAUAUUUGCUAUGUAUCCAAUGGAGGCUCCGCCAAUUAUCCUUGUGGGCCACAGUAUGGGUGGAGCUGUAGCAGUACAUGUGGCAUGCAAGCGAACUAUCCCUUCUUUGGCUGGUCUUGUUGUUAUUGAUGUGGUUGAAGGAUCUGCUUUGAGCUCAUUACGUGGCAUGACAGCUUUCUUACGUGGUCGUCCUCAAAGUUUUCUUUCUUUACCUCAAGCAAUUGAGUGGAGCGUUCGCAGUUCGCAAAUACGUAAUGUAAAUUCAGCUCGUGUGUCUUUCCCUGGUCAGUUAAAGCGUAUCACAAGUGGUCAGACUGCAACAAGCGAACUAGAUUCAGGGAUCGCAGUUCUUUCUAAAACUGUUCCGUCUAUUCCUUCUGUAACUUCAACGCUGGAUGGUAGAGUCUCUUCUGUAAGUCGAUUAUCAAGUCAGCCAUUGGUUGAAGAUUCAGAAAUAGAUAACUCUAGAAGUUCAGAAAUCAAUUCUGAAAAUAAUUUAGAAGUUGAUCAAAAUUCAACAAGUUGAGAAUAAAUUUGGUGCUAUUGUGGUUGUGGGCGUGUUGAGUUGACUUCGGUUGUCGUUUUUUGCUCAUUGUGUAUAGCUCUCUUAUUGCUUCCUAGCUGUCAUAAUGAUGCUGACAGUUUACAAUACAAUACAGAAAAUGUAUCGGUGGAUUCAUCUAAAUUUUCCAGUCAGUCUAUUGGAGAAUCUAUUCAUUCAAUAAGUGGUAGUACACUUCCUUCUUUUACUGACUCUUCUACUAUUUCAAAACAUUCUGGUUUGGUAACAUGUCAGUCGGAUCGUCCACAGUAUACUUGGCGAAUAGAUUUAAUUAAAACACAACCAUUUUGGCAAGGAUGGUUUUCUGGUUUGUCUAAACUAUUUUUAUCAAUACCUGAACCAAAAUUACUUCUGUUAGCUGAUGCUGAUCGAUUGGAUAAAGAUUUAACCAUUGGACAAAUGCAAGGUAAAUUUCAGGUUCAACUGUUCCCUCGUGCUGGUCAUGCCGUUCAAGAGGAUACUCCAGAUAGAGUUGCGGAAUGCCUGGCUAGAUUUCUAGUACGCAACCGAUUCACUGAAGCUCGUUCAGAUUUGUGAACAAUUAGUUAUCAUAUCAAGGUUAUUGCGGAAUUCCACUAUUCAGUUUUCAUAUAUCGUCGAAUACACUUUCUUCAUGACUGGACGGUCGCUAAUUAGACUUAGUUUGUGUAUUUGUGUAUGUGUAUACAUAAAGCUUUAAUCAUAGUAUUUGUAUAAUUUCUUUUAUAGAAUCCUAUAUUACCUUCUCUCUCUCUCCCUCUUUGUAGUGUGACUAUUCAAAUUCAGUUUGUUUAUUUUCGGAAAUUACUCAAAAUGACACUGCAAAAUUUCAUGCCAAAAUUAAUUGAUUAAACAAGAAAAUAGAUAAUUAGUGCUCAUUGUUCUUUUUUUCUUGUUUACUUCUUCCCAUUAUUAGUAUCUGUUUGUGUAUAUCUACUUAUGUAUGGCGUAUAUAUAAACUUUAAUAAUGUUUUAAUGUGUGUGCACGGGUUUCAUUGUACUUCUGCUAUCAAAUUUUUUUAAACUUCAAAAAUGCAAUUGAUUAUUUUUAUUUGUUUAUGGAUAACUUCUGUUUUCUCAUUUUUCAUUUGACAUGAUGAUUCUUGUAGAUUUUCGAAAAGUGUCAUUAUGACUAACUCUUCGUUCAUUCAUGUAUAGGUGUGUAGCUUCUUCUUUCCUGUUUUUUUUCGAAAAAAAUGAAACACUCAACUUCAUUUUAUUUCUCUCUUGUUUCGGUUUUGUCUUCUCUAAUAAUUGACCAUUUUGAAGUAACAACAUCAGUGUCAUCGUAGAUUCGUAUUGAAUGUUUUGGUUUUUUCGUUUGUUGAGCGGAGAAACUAUCUUCAUGAAUGUGUACUCUAAGCUGAGGAUAAUUUUGAAUUGCAUAUAAUUAGUUAUUGUUGUUAUCAUAUUUUCUGUACAAAAUUAUCUUUUUUCGGAGUUUUCCUUGAUUUUCGUAAAUUAGAGAUCUUCAAAGGGAAAAGUGUUCAUCAGUUUGUCAUUAACUGUUUUAUUUAUUCACUUACUAUACUUGAAGUUGUUUUUUAAAUCUUGGUUAUUGUUGUCUUGUAGUUCUCUUUUAACAGAGUUGUUUGUGUUAUUUUAAAUGCUGGUGCUAAUAACUUAUAUUGUCAAGUCUAUUAUUUGUUUCUGUGUGGUAAUCAAUCACAUUAACUUUUUCUUUUUGGCUUUUCUUUCUCGUAUAUUUUAUGUUCUUACGUGUAUGUGGUUGUUGAUACGAUUCAGUGCGCUUAUCUACUUUUUUUUCGAGGUUUUUACCAGUGUUAUUAUUUCUGUCUCCCUUCUGCUCUUAUCUUUUCGAUUCAUGUAUUUUUACAAAGAAUAUUUCUCGCUGACAAUCAAGAUGAAGUGUUAAUAAAACUAUAAAUGCUAGUGAUUAGCAUCUUGUAUUAUUAAAAUCCGUGUUUUUUUUCUUUCUCGUGUUGGUGAUUAACAAAUAAAAUUAUGCGAUUGUUAGUUCAUUUCUGAUAAUCAAUAAUUUCAUAAUGUGUUUGGUUGCUCCUGCUUUUAUUUUUUUUCAUUCGAUUGUUAAAUGCGAGUUAAUGUUAUGCUUUACGAUCACCUACUCUGAUUCCUGAUUAUUAACGAUUAAGAUAUUUUCCUAAUAUAAUACACUGAAUUUAUGUAAACUUGAUAGAUUAGAUAAUUAACAUGCAUAACUCUUCAACAAUAAUCCUCAAUGCAAUAGAAAACAGAGGGAAGUUAGGCAGACAAAAAAGAAGCUUGUUGUUCAAGAAAUCAAGUUUCUAAUGGAAUUAGUCAGCAUAUCGAAUAAUUUGCAAUGAUUUUGGAGCAUAGUAAAUUUAACAGGCUAAACGCAAGAACUGUUGGGGAGACCCAGAAAAUUCCUCGAAAAUAGCCCACAUGUGUCCUGAAAACGCUGGGAAACAUUUUAUUCAAUCAGCAUUUAUUAGAAGCUUCUCAGAAACAUCUAGAAAAUUAAGAGUCACGUGUUACAUUUCUGAUUAGAUUAUUGUUUACCCUGCUACUAUGUUUAGUAGGGUUCUAGAACUUUCCAGAAGUCCAAGACAAUCUGAUAUGUUAUAAAUACACUCGAUUUUCUGUACAUAAGCUAACAUCGGAGUAAAGCGUUCUUCCCGUAUUACGCGCCUUUUCUCCCGUGUUCAAGUUGUAGUGUGGAGUUAGCCUGGAAUUAUUAGAAGAGCUUGGAAAACCGAUUCAAACGUUCAGUCAGAAGAUUUAUCAAGAACAACCUAUCAAAUAACAACAAAGGUGUUCGCGAAAAUAUCGAAUGGAAAAAUGUCAUCAUAAUUGCUUUUAUCUGUAGGAGC